AUGGAGCACGGCAUGCCAUCAGAAAAAGUCAUUUGCCAUUACUCUCACCACUUGGAUCAGAGAGACAACUCGUCGGCAGCAGUUGACAAACGAGGACGCGGGGCCGUGGCAGCGGUAGUGGCAGCGGGGCAGUGGGGAAGGCAAAAGAUGAUAUGCGGUGAUAGGGACAGGGUUGAUAGUGAAGAGCUACGACAACAGACCACAGGGGGCACCAGCCAUCCCAGCCGAGUAUCAAGUUGUCGUCUCUUGAGCGGCAUGGCGCUCUCUUGGUUGUGCCGCGAGCCUCUCAAGGCCACAGCACCCAUUAAUUUCGGCAGCGGUCCGCUUUCCCUGGCCGCCACCAAUGCCCAGAGCCGUGACUUGCUCAGGAAUUUAACCCAGGAUCGGGGCGAGCUCCUUGAGCUCAUGAAUCAUUUUCGUAACGGCCCCGAUGAGGUACGCACGGCCUACAAAAAGUACCUGGCCAAUGUGUUAGGCUUCAAGCGCGCGGUUGAGCCACAGCAAACAGCUGCACCAGAGGGGGGCGUGGGUGAAAGCACCGGAUCUGUGCCCAGUGAACAUGCACAUCGACUUCUCUCUCGCGCAAUUCUUUUCAAGUGGAGCGACAAUGUUUCGGGACAGGUGGAGGCCAACACGCACGUGGACUUUGAAAUCGACCAAGUGACGCUCAACUACGCCAUCUGGUUGACCAAGCAUGCUGCCUGGAUCAUCGACUACGCCGACACCUCAGUCGAAGGGAACGAUGCCGCCAAGGAUAUCUUCAACAGUCUCAAGGAAGCCGCUGGCGUCUUUCAGUACUUUUUACAGCGCACCCGCUCAGAGAUUGCCUACAAUCCCAACACGGAUUUUGAUGAGCGAAUGCUGGACGUGCGCUUGCAACAAGCCAUCGCAGAAGCACAGGAAGUCACGUUGGACCGUGGUCGUCAGUUGGGGCACAAGCCUGGCCUCUUGUCUUCGAUCGCUCGAGAUUUGUCGGAAAAGUUUCAAAAUGCCGCUGAUGCGCUGACCAGCAUGGACAACAUCGUUGCCAAGCGCCUGCGCGCGUAUUGCAACUUCAAGGCCGCCUUUUAUCGCGCUUAUAUGUAUUGCUAUGCUGGUUUGGCCUAUUUUCAAGAGGAGAAAUGUGGUGAUGCUCUCGGUUGCUAUCAAGGCGCCGCCGCAGCCAUCGAGGAGGCCAAGACCCAUGCCAAGGCCUUUUCCAGAGCAGCCACAGCCUUUGGCAGCAGCGUACACUCUGCACAAGUUAUGGAGCCCUCACGUCACGUCAUCUUCACCACACUCGAGAGGACGCUCAAGGAGGCUCAUGACAAAGCCCAUCGUGAAAAUGGCUUCAUCUACUUUCACAAAGUACCGGCUGCUCCUCCCACAACCCCAGAUGCCAAAUGCUUGACCGAGCCUACGGCAUUGGAGCUGCCCGUACCACUUGAAACUUGGCAGGCCACCACGUGGGAUGCCACAAAGGUUCCUUACACAGCCGUCGAGACGGGGGCUUCAAGUACCGCGAAAAAAGGCAACGAAGAUGUCAAGUUUUCACCGUUUGAUCCGGAGAAGGACCGCCGGGCAACGCGGGAUCAAGGUCGUUGUACCAUCUCCUAGCUUGAGCAAAAAGCGCACCCGUGUGUCGCCUGAAGCGAGCGCCUUCCUUUUUUUUUGGUUGGCUAGAAGCUUCUUCUCUCUGUGUGUACACAUGUCCAGAUUUAUGGGCUAUACCGCACACAAUCCACAUGAAAAUGACA